CGAUUACUGGUGGUAAGAUAAAAAAUCAUUCGUAAAACUUAGUUUAUUUUUUCCAAUAGAGAAAUGUUGAAACUGACUUUGGUCACCAUAGAAAAAUUUUAAAAUAGAAAAAUUUUUUCAUAGAGUUGUUUUGUCAUAGAGAUAUGCAGGAUAGGGAAAUAUUAAGGAGAAUUGUAUAGUUAUGGAGAAAUUUCAUAAUAUAAAUAUGUUAACACCUAAUUCUAUCAUAUUAUAGUAAAUUUUCUAGAGACUUAAUUUUCAUUGAGAUAUAUAGUAUCGAGAUAUUUUGGACAUGAAUUAUUGUAGCAUAUAUUUAUAUUUAAUAGAAUAAAUUUACACAGAGAUAAUUUUACAUAGAAUUAUUUUGCAACAUAAAUAUAUUUAAUAUUGAUAUUUUCGCAUAGAAAUCUAUUUAAGAGAGAUGUAUGUUGGUAGAAUACUAAAAGUAGAAAAGUAAAAAGUACGCUUGUAACCAGGUACGGUAUGAAUACAUGGCGCUGAUUGUAGUUGUGUAUGAAGAUCGUCAUUUAGUUUACUAUAUAUAAUAAAUAAUUCCAGUAGAUCUACCGUUAUAUAUAUUUUAUUGGUACGUGCUUCAGAGAUUUGAUUUUCUCUAUUGCUUAAUUGAAUUGACAGAUUAAAUAUUAAAAAAUAAUAAUGCCGAAUCCUAACUUUUGAGUAAGAAUUAAAAGCAAAAAUAAAUAAUCCUAUUUUCAAGUCCGCAGAACUAAUUCCAAGAUUAGUAGCGAUUAAAAAAAAGCUCCAAAAAAAGUAUUGUUACAGGUGAAAAAAGCUGUGAAAAAGUAUCCUUAUGAGAUAGUGAGAUUAAUAUCAUUCAGGCAAAUGUGGUAUAUCCUAAUAUCAAGACAACAGAGUCUACUAAAAAUGGUUUGAUUUACUGUCACCAGAUGUCAUUUCUUAAGUGAUAAAUAGAAUGGAUCUCAGAGUAUUAAAUAUGUUUCGUCAACAAAGAUUGAUAGCUGAAGAAAUAUAUAAGGACAUUCGUAAAAAAGUUAUACUCGGAACUGAAAGUGUCAAUACGAGAGUACCGUCGCAAUCGGAGGGUGAUCAAAGACCAACAAUUUUACAUUGUGCUAUUGAUUAUAAUGAUGAUGAUUUUAUUGAAUAUCUAUUAAAUAAAGAAAACACUCAAGUCAACCUUAGCAUCAGACAUUACGGUACAGCUCUUCACCAUGCUAUUGAUAAAGGUAGAUAUGGUAUUGUUUAUAAAUUAGUCGAUGCUGGCGCGGAUGUUAAUAUAAAAUCUAUACACCGAUUCGACGAUAGUUAUCCUUUGCAAUUAGCUGUUAGAAGAAAUCAUUAUUGUAUUGCUCAGUUUCUUGUGAGUCGUGGUGCAGAUGUUCAAGUUGUACUCAGACCCACAAACGGCUUCACUCGAUUGCGUAUUGCUGUAAGAGAGGGUAAAGAAGAUAUGGUAAAAUUCUUGAUUGAAAAUGGUGCUAAUGUCCAUGAAAAAAGUACAGAUUGUGAAUCAUUGCUUAUCGAUGCUGUGCGUCAUAAAAACGAUAGUGUUUUGAAGUAUCUUUUGGAAAGCGGUAUUGAUCCUAAUUCUCCGAGUAAUGGUGGCUGUAAUGUAACACCUUUGCAUAUUGCGGUUGAUAUUAAUAAUGCAGAAGCUGUUCAAUUAUUAUUAAAUCAUGAUGAUAUCGAUAUUAACCGACUAACAUCUAAUGGUAAUUCUGUACUUGAUUAUGCCAUUUUCACAGAUAAUGUUAUUAUUGUUAGGAGUUUACUGCUUGCUGGUAUUGAUUUUAAUAAAGUAGCAGCUAAUUAUUUCGAUGAUUCGCGUAGUUUUUGUGAUGUUAUUCCAUUAAUAAGACGGCAUAUUGUUAAGUUAAGUGCAGCUAAUUUGUACGUUAUGGACAAAAAAUUACAUGAUGUUAUUAGUAGUAACAAAUAUGCAAACAAUUAUCGUCAAAAAUGUUAUGAAGAAGUUGGUCAAUUAAAAAAAUGUAAAAUUUCCGAAACUAAUUUCAGUUUUUAUGAUGUUUUGCAUAGAAGUGUGCAUAAAAUUGCUCAGUUUUUAAGUUACGUUGAUAUUGAUGAUGAUAAUGGGACUUUUGAUGAUCAAGUAUUGAAAGCGGAAUUCCCCCUAUAUGGUGGAAUCAUUUUUUUUAAAUUACACAAAGCAAGACAGCGAAAAAAUUUAUUAGGAAAUGUUGAUGAUUUGUUUUUUGAUAUUUUUACAAAUAAACUUCCUGAUACUUUUGUCAGAAAUAUUUCUCGAUACUUCAGUAAUCGAGAUUUAAAACAAUUAAACGAAAAUAUGAACGUCGAUUCGACUAAAUAGAAACCUUAAAACUUGAAAACGUGAAAAAUUUUUUUGUCUUAUAUGUCCACGAAAAUAAUUAUGGAUUUAUUGAUGACAAAAUUACUGGUUAUAUGAUAGCUAUUUUUUGUACAGUUACAAUUUU